GCAGACGACUCACCCUGGGCCGGGGGUGAGGCUUGGUGGGUGCCAGGGGUGCUGAGGAGGCCGAGGAGGGCAUUGGGAGCUCCGUUCCGGGAGAGCUGUCUAAGGACGCGGAACCGGGUGGGGAGGCCAGGGAGGUAACCAAGAGUCCGAGCCGAGCCUGGUAAUUCUGAGGAGGGAACCGGGACCGCGGUAUCCAGACGCUCCGAUAUGUACGAGCCGGGCCUCGGGCGUGGUCCGUGGGCGUGACCUUGAGGGUGACCCGGAGCGAGCUCCGCGAAGGGGGAUUUUGCCCGUUCUGAUCCCGCGGAAGCGCCAUCGCUGGCGUCGGGUCCCCGCGAGGAGCGGGCGCUGCGUGUUCGCGCGCGCGCUGAAUUGGGGUGGCCUCCUGCGCCCAACCUGCUGCAUUUUAGGACUGUUUCUUUUUUCAAAAGAGGAGCUCAGAAGAGAAAGUUCAUCUAGAAAUCUCAAAGCCAUGUCUCAGGGAUCAGUGUCAUUCAAGGAUGUGACUGUGGACUUCACCCAGGAGGAGUGGCAGCAACUAGACCCUGCUCAGAAGGCGCUCUACAGGGAUGUGAUGUUGGAAAACUAUUGCCACUUCGUAUCUGUGGGGUUUCACAUGACUAAGCCUGAUAUGAUCCGCAAGUUGGAACAAGGAGAAGAGCUAUGGACACAGAGAAUUUUUCCAAGUUACAGCUACCUAGAAGCAGAUGGGAAAACUGAAGAUGUCUUAGUGAAGUUCAAAGAAUACCAAGACAGGCAUUCUAGACCCCUCAUAUUCAUCAACCACAAAAAACUAAUUAAGGAGAGAAGUAAUAUUUAUGGUAAAACACUUACUCUAGGCAAGAACCAUAUUUCAAAAACAAUACUAUGUGAAUAUAAACCUGAUGGAAAAGUUUUGAAAAAUAUUUCAGAACUAGUCAUUAGAAAUAUAAGCCCCAUAAAAGAGAAGUUUGGUGACAGUACUGGAUGGGAGAAAUCACUCCUCAAUACCAAGCAUGAGAAAAUUCAUCCUGCAGUGAAUCUCCAUAAACAAACAGAAAGAAUUCUCAGUGGUAAACAGGAGCUUAUUCAGCAUCAGAAGGUUCAAGCUCCAGAGCAACCAUUUGACCAUAAUGAAUGUGAAAAAUCCUUCCUGAUGAAAGGAAUGCUAUUUACACAUACUAGAGCUCACAGAGGAGAAAGAACCUUUGAAUACAAUAAAGAUGGAAUUGCCUUCAUAGAAAAGUCAAGCCUCAGUGUCCAUCCAAGUAAUCUUAUGGAAAAGAAGCCCUCUGCCUACAACAAAUAUGGGAAAUUCCUCUGCAGAAAGUCUGUUUUUAUUAUGCCUCAGAGACCUCAAACAGAAGAGAAACCCUUUCACUGUCCUUACUGUGGGAAUAACUUUAGAAGGAAGUCAUACCUUAUUGAACAUCAGCGAAUUCACACAGGCGAAAAACCUUAUGUUUGCAAUCAAUGUGGAAAGGCCUUCCGUCAGAAGACAGCCCUCACCCUUCAUGAGAAAACACAUAUAGAGGGGAAACCCUUUAUUUGUAUCGAUUGUGGGAAGUCCUUCCGCCAGAAGGCCACCCUCACUAGACAUCACAAAACACAUACGGGGGAGAAAGCCUAUGAAUGUCCUCAGUGUGGAAGUGCCUUUAGGAAGAAGUCAUACCUCAUUGAUCACCAGAGAACUCACACAGGAGAGAAACCAUAUCAGUGUAAUGAGUGUGGGAAGGCAUUUAUCCAGAAAACAACCCUCACUGUGCAUCAGAGAACUCACACAGGAGAGAAACCCUAUAUUUGCAAUGAAUGUGGGAAGUCCUUCUGCCAAAAGACAACCCUCACUCUCCACCAGAGAAUUCACACGGGGGAAAAACCCUAUAUUUGUAAUGAAUGUGGGAAGUCCUUCCGCCAGAAGGCAAUCCUCACUGUUCAUCACAGAAUACACACAGGAGAGAAAUCCAAUGGGUGUCCUCAGUGUGGGAAAGCCUUCAGUAGGAAAUCAAACCUCAUUCGUCAUCAGAAAACUCACACAGGAGAGAAACCAUAUGAAUGUAAACAGUGUGGGAAGUUCUUCAGCUGCAAGUCAAACCUCAUUGUCCAUCAGAAAACUCACAAGGUAGAAACCAUGGGAGUUCAGUAAGUAAUGUGGCUUUUUUUGUAAAAAAAAUGUUAAGUCAUAGUAAACCCUGUAGUAAUAUUGCUUGCAAGUGUAAUAACAUCCAACAGUUUAAGGUGCUAUACUGCAUGGUAACCUACUGUUUGCCAGCCUCUAAAACACACACAUACACAUACACACACAAAUAUUAUUAGACAAAUUACAUGACAAAAAUCAUUAAAAAUUCCAAAUUUUUUUUUAUUACUAGUUUCAGCAGAAAAAAACUUUCUCUGUUAAGGCGUUAUAAACAUUUAAAAUCACAUUUUCCAUUUCAAUACAUAUCUUUUUGUUCAUCAGUAAUAAUUAGUUGUCCAACUGACUGUGGUCCAUGGACUACACAGUGAGUAGAGUUUCUUUAAAAGAAGGAGGUAUGAACUGUAUUUCUUAUUGCAAAUACAAAAUAAAAAUUAGUUGUUACCCCCUCACAGUUGACCACGAUUCUGAUGUCUAACAUUACAAAUUAGUUUUUACAUAUUAUAAACCUUUCUAUGAAUUGGAUUAUAUAUCAUGUAUUCUUUCAUAUAUGGCUUAUUACAUUCAUCAUGUCCCUGAGCCUAAUCAUUAGUGCAUAUGGCAGAAGUUAAUUUAUUUUUAUCCAGUAUAGAAUUCGAUUAUAUGAUUAUAUCACAAUUUAUCCAUUCUACUGUUGAUGGACUUUUACAUUGUUUACAGCUUAGGGUCAUAAUAAAUCAUGCUUCUGAGAACAUACUUGUCUUGGUGUACAUACAUGUAUUUCUCUUGUGUAUAUACUUAGGAAUGGAAUCGCUGGGUCUUAGAGCAUAUGUGUAUUCAGUCAUGUACGGGCAGACGAUUCAGAACUUUCACCACAUGAGAUAAUUGACACUGAAGGGAAACAGCUAUAAAUUUUAUCAAUAUGCUGCUGCUUCAAACCAGAUAAUUCAUGCUGCAGGGAAACUCAAUCAAUGUUAUUGUGAAAACUGGGAAUGUGAAUGUAAUAUAUGUAGAAAGACGUUUAGCCACAGCCCAAAUCUUCCAGGCAAAUGUAAUAAAUGUGAGAUUGCUGUUAGCCAUAGUAAAUGCCUUAUUUGAAAGCAAAAAGUCUGCUAGAGAAGGAGAGGCAUCCAGCAUUACCCUUGUUCAACGUCAGAGAAUUCCAACUAGAGAAAAGUCCUGUGACUGUGUUGAAGUUGGAGCAUGGGGAGGAAUAUAGUCUUUACCUAUGGUCUGUGUCUUACUGGUCAAGUACAAAUGAUGAAUAUGGAAAAGCUUAUAGCCAUCAUUCAUAUAUUAUACUACACCAGGGAAUUCACAUAGGAUGAGAACUCUUCAAAUGAAAUGAUUGUAAGAAUGACUUUAACUGUUGCUCAUUUCUUUUACACCAUCAAAGAAUACUAAAGAAAGGAAGAUUAAAAGGAAACAAAUGGGGCUUAGGACUUUUUUUUUUUUUUUUUUUUGAGACAGACUCUUGCUCUGUCACCCAGGUGGGAGUGCAGUGGCAUGAUCUCGGCUCACUGCAGCCUCUGCCUCCCAGGUUCCAGUGAUUCUCCUGCCUCAGCCUCCCGGGUAGCUGAGAUUACAGGCACGCACCACACGCAUGGCUAAUGUUCAUAUUUUUAGUAGAGACAGGGCUUCAUCAUGUUGGCCAGGCUGGUCUCGAACUCCUGACCUCAGGUGAUCCACCCACCUCGGCCUCCCAAAGUGCUAGGAUUACAGGGACUUUUAACUCUGGGGAAAGCUCUCUUUCAUGAAAGAAGUGUAGCCAUACCGAGACCAUAAUGCUGGGAAGUCUAUGUGUAGGCCCCCUGGUCAACAGCCACAGCUGAGCUCACAGCCAUCAGCUAGCAUCAGCUGCCAACCAUGUAAGUGAGGCCUCUUGGACAUCCAGUCAAGCCUUCAGAUGACUGUGGACCCUGCUGACACCCAAAUGGUACCACAAAUGAGACCUCAAGCAAGAACUGCCCAGUUGAGGUCUUCCCAAAUUCCUGGCCAACAAAAUGGUCAGGCUUUUUAACUAAAAACAGUUUUAUUUUUUAUUUAAUGAAAAAGUUUUUAUUUAACUUGAUUGUUUUAUUAAAAGGGAAAAGUAAUUUUUUAGUAUCUAUUCACAUAUAAUAAAAACAAAGGUAUAAGACUGGGCUUGGUGGCUCAUGCCUGUAAUCCCAGCACUUUGGGACGUGUUAGGAGGAUCUCUUGAGCCCAGGAGUUCGAGAGCAGCCUGGGAAACAUGCCAAAACCCCAUCUCUACAAAAAAUUAGCCAGGCGUGGUGACACAUGCCUGUAGUCCCAGCUACUCGGGAGGCUGAGUGGGAGGAUCGCUUGAGCCUGGGAGGUGGAGGUUGCAGUGAGCCAGAAUAGCGCCACUGCACUCCAGCCUGGGUAACAGAGCGAGACCCUGUCUCAUAAAUAAAUAAGUUAAAUAAAUAAAGGUAUAAAUAUUUGGGUUCCAGAGUCAAUGAGCAAAGAUACAGUGGUUACUAAUAGGUGAUUUUGGCAUGAAGAAAAACUGGCCAUAAAAUACAGUUGAAGAUUUGGCUGCAUUUUUGGCUUAUGAUUACAUACCUUAAUAACAACUCAAUUGAGGGGUCUAUAUAUGUUCUUUUUCAUUUUCUGGCAGUAAAUCAUAUUCAUCAUAUACAUCCCAAUUUCACACACACAAAAAAUGAAAAUAGCCCCCAAAAGAAAGGCUGUGGAUAAAGUGAUCCAUCCUCAAAAGGCCCCGUGCUGUCAUUUCUCAACAAAGGCGCAGAGAGAAAUCAAGGUAUGGAAUCUAAUGAAUGUCCGUGAAGGAGGUACUUCUGAAUGCUUUAAAGCAAGUCUAAAUAAAGUUGUGUUUUCUUUUCUUUCUUUCUUUCUUUUUUUUUUUUUAUGAGACAGUUUCACUUUUGUUUCCCAGGCUGGAGUGCAAUGGUGCAAUUUCGCUCAUUGCAACCUCUGACUCGAGAUUCCCCUGCCUCAGCCUCCCAAGUAGCUGGGAUUACAGGUGCCCCCUACCACGCCCAGCUAAUUUUUUUGUAUUUUUAGUAGAGACGGGGUUUCAUCAUGUUGGCCAGGCUGGUCUCCAAAGCCUGACCUCAGGCGAUCCACCCACCUCAGCCUCCCAAAGUGCUGAGAUUACAGGAGUGAGCCACUGCGCCCGGCCGAAGUUGUGUUUUCUAAAGCUAUUUACAUGUAAGCUGCUGCUCCUUAGGAAAAUUUGGUCCUGUGGCUUAUAUUUUGGCAUGAAACAGCAUUGGGCUGUAUUCCAGAAUCCUGCUUGAAGAUUUCUUUUGAAGAAGUCAGAAAUUUUCUUUGCAUUUUUGUUUUUUGAGACAGGUUCUCCGUCUGUCACCUAGGCUGGGAGUACAGUGGUGCCAUUAUAGCUCACUGCAGACUUGAAUUCCUGGACUCAAGCAAUUCUCCUGCCUCAGCCUCCCAAGUAGCUAGGACUACAGGCAUGCGCCAUCCCACUCAGCUAAUGUUUUUAUUUUUUAUACAUAUGGGGUCUCGUUGUGUUGCCCAGGCUGGUAUUGAACUGCUGGCCUCAAGCAAUCUUCCCUCUUCGGCCUCCUAAAAUGCUGGGGUUACAGGUGUAAGCCACUUCACUCACUUUAGAAAUUUUCACUUUAUGAAUUGAUAAAUACAGCAUUGCAUCACUUAAUAGAGAUACAUUCUGAGAAAUGCAUCAUUAGGCAGUGUCAUGAUCGUGCAAGCAUCACAGAGUACUGAUAGAAACCGAGAUGGUACAGCCUACUAAACACCUAGGCUAUAUGGUAUAGCCUGUUGCUCCUAGGCUACAAAUCUGUACUGCAUGUUACUGUGCUGAAUACUAUAGGCAAUUGUAACACAAUGGUAAUUAUUUGUAUAUGUAAACUUAUCCAAACACAGAAAAGGUACAGUAAAAAUAUGGUACUAUAAUUUUUUUUUUUUUGAGACAGAGUCUCACUCUGUUGCCCAGGCUGGUGUGCAGUGGUGUGAUCUCAGCUCACUGCAACCUCUGCCUCCCGGGUUCAAGUGAUUCUCCUGCCUCAGCCUCCCGAGUAGCUGGGACUACAGGUGCGCACCACCAAGCCCAGCUAAUUUUUGUAUUUUUAGUAGAGACAGGGCUUCACCAUGUUGGCCAGGAUGGUCUCAAUCUCCUGACCUCGUGAUGCACCUGCCUCGGCCUCCCAAAGUGCUGGGAUUACAGGCGUGAGCCACCACGCCUGGCCGGUACUAUAAUCUUAUGAGACCACCGUUAUAUAUGCAGUCCAUCAUGGACCGAAAUGUCAUGUGGUGCAUGAGUAUUUUUCAUCUAACUUAUAUAUUGCUCAAUGAAGUUUGGGCAGCUCUAAGGAGCAAACAUGUUCAUAGAAUCUAAGUCAACUUGGCCUAAAUAUAUACAACAAAAUAGGAGUGAUUUUACAAAUUCAUAUUUUGUAGACCUAACUGCAAGGUCAUAAGGCAUAUGCAAAAUGAUUUCAUCAGUUCAGAGGACUAACAGGACUCCACAGAGCAUACCCAGGAAAUGUUUUUACUUAGAAGCAAAGGAUGUGGCUCAGCAAAAGAAAGGGAAGGUAAGCGUUGGGGCUCAGAAUCGUCUAGCUGCACGUUCCUCAGUGGUUUUAAUUCACACACGGACUGCACACUGUCUCUGAACUGAAGCACUGAGAUCUGUAUCAAACUUGAUUUGGGGAGAGCUGACAGCAGAACUUCUCUACAUGGGUUUUGUUGUUGUCAUUAUUUUGUUUUUUGAGACAGUCUUGCUCUGUCGCCCAGGCUGGAGUGCGAUGGCGCAAUCUCAGCCCACUGCAACCUCCGCCUCCCAAGUUCAAGCAAUUCUCCUGCCACAGCCUCCCAAGUAUCUGGGAUUACAGGCAUGUGCCACCACGACCAGCUAGUGUUCGUGUUUUUAGUAGAGACAGGGUUUCUCCCUGUUGGCAAGGCUGGUCUCGAACUCCUGACCUCAGGUAAUCCCCCGCCCACCUCGGCCUCCCAAAGUGCUGGGAUUAUAGGCGUGAGCCACCGUGCCCAGCCACCGCAUGGGUAUUUAUGCCUCUCUGUUCCCUGGUUACAUAGUCAAGACAGGCUAUCUAACUGGUUGUGUGAGUUUAAAAAAGUUAAAAAGCCAUCAUAAACAAAUUGGCUCUGGGAGUCUCCCAGAGAAUAUCAGACUUUAACCAGUACCUCAUAUAGCUCACUGGCCUUAUUCCAACCAAGAGUCAGAGCCAGACAUCUGGGCAUCAUGGAGAUAAUGUUAGAGCUUUGCAGUCUGACUGUAAAUCAGCUCCGUCUUAUAAACAUGGUUCCUAUAACUGCUGUGUAUUUCCUGAUAAUGUAUGUGAACAAGCAUAUCUCCUCACCCUCUAUGUCCCCGGUAUCAGAUAGUGCACAGUACAUCUCAAAUGUGAUCAUUUCUUGUCAGCUAAUGCUUCAAUUUCUCCACUCAGUUUCUGGUCUAGCAAUAGAGCCAGGUUUGCCAUGUCCUGCUUCACAAGUAAUGUGCAACAGCAAAAGCACAGGCUCCAACACUAGUCUACAACAUUCACCUGGGAUGUUCUACCAUUUGAGAUAUUCAUCAGUUUAUAAUCGGGCUUUUUUUUUUUUUUUUUUUGAGAUGGAGUCUUCGCUCUGUCGCCCAGGCUGGGGUGCAGUGGCACAAUCUCGGCUCACUGCAAGCUCCACUUUCCGGGUUCACACCAUUCUCCUGCCUCAGCCUCCUGAGUAGCUGGGACUACAGGCACCCACUACCACGCCCAGCUAAUUUUUUGUGUUUUUAGUAGAGAUGAGGUUUCACUGUGUUAGCCAGGAUGGUCUCUAUCUCCUGACCUAGUGAUCCACCCGCCUCGGCCUCCCAAAGUGCUGGGAUUACAGGCGUGAGCCACCGUGCCUGGCCUAUAAUCAGGCUUUUCAAAACAUUAGAUAUGUGACAAUACCAAGUGCUGACAAGAAUGUGGAACAACUGGAACUCUUUCUUUUUUAACUUUUGUUUUAGAUUCAGGAGUGCAGGUGCGGAUUUGUUACUGGAACUCUCAUACACUGCUAACAGGAAAGGCAAAAUGGUAAAGCCACUCUGGAAAACAAUAUGCCAGUCUCAAAAAAUUACACAUCCAAUAUGGCCCAGCAAUCCCACUUAUAAGUGUUUAUCCAAGAGAAAUGAAAAAUUAUGUGCACAUAGAAACCUGUACAUGAGUGUUUGUAAGUAUCAUUUAUAAUUAAAAAAAAAGCUAGAGACAAGCAAAUGUUCUUCAGUGUAUAAAUGGAUACACUGUGGUACAUCCACAAGAUGGAAUUCUACUCAACGAUAACAAUAAUGAGCUACUGAAACAUGCAACUAUGUAGAUGAACCUGGAAUGCGUUAUGCUAAAGGAAAGAACCCAGUCGCAAAAACUUACAUACUGUAUGAUUCCAUUUAUAUGACAUGCUGGAAAAGGUGAAAAUACAACAACAGAAAACAGAUCAAAGGUUGCUGAGUGUCUGGGGUGGGGUGGGGUCUGAAUACAGAGGGGGUGCACGAGGGAAUUCUUUGAGGUGUUGGAAUUGUUUUGUAUCCUGCUUGUGGUCAUAGAUAACAAAAAUCUAUGCAUGUGUAAAAAAUAGAAGUAUACAUACAAAAAAGUGAAUUGUACUGUCUGUAAUUUUUUUUAAUAAAUAAAAAUCCCUAGCUCUGCUUCAUCAGCAGCAGUACCUCCUGA